CCCACACGCACACACAUCUGGACGCACGCGGCUCCCCGGUUCGUUCCCCGCUUGAGAUCAGAGAGAAAACUCUAUCCGCUCUGCACCGUCGGCCUUUAAUCCAGCUACUCUGCCAAGCCAAAGGACCAGCCGCCCAGCGGGAGGACCAGCCAGCCAUUGAGCCCGACUGAUUGACGGCCAUAUAGUCACCGAGGCAGACGGACAGCCACAGAAAAUAGUGCGCCGGAGAGCCAGCCGUCCAGUGAAUAAGCCAGACAGCUCACAGCAAGCGGGCCGCCAUGUUGAUAAUCUUAGCCUCCAUCAUCCUCUUCCAUGUGGCCUCAGCCAUCCUCCUCUUUGUUGCCACCAUUCAAAAUGCGUGGUGGGUGGUGUUACCAAAAGGCGGCACCGUGAUCUACUCGGACCUGUGGUACUCCUGCAACGCCACCUGCUACCCUGUAGAGAGGAGCCACACCACUGACGCAGCCUAUCUGCAGGCGGUGCAGGCCACCAUGAUCCUGGCUACCAUCCUGUGCUGUGUCGGUUUCUUUGUGUUCCUCCUCCAACUCUUCAGGCUGAAGCAAGGAGAGAGAUUUGUCUUCACUGCCAUCAUCCAGCUGGUGGCCUCUCUGUGCGUGAUGAUCGCAGCGUCCAUCUACACGGCGAAGAAGGACACCUUCCACGUGGAGAGCAUCAAGUCGGGCUCCUACGGCUCGUCCUACAUCCUGGCCUGGGUCAGCUUCCCCAUGACCCUCGUCAGCGGCCUCAUGUACCUGGUGCUCAGGAAACGCAAAUAGGCGUCGACCGCGGCUAGGGAUGGCGGGCUUGUGUUUGUGAAUUCACGCAGCAGCAGAUAUACCCACACAUUUCCACGGGCACGCUUGGACCCUGCAGCAUCCACCUGCGCACCUGUUCACCGCCACGCUGGCACUGACACACGCUUUUUCCUCACAUGCACAAACGGUCACGAGCGCGCACAUGCUUAAACGUGCACACACACACACACACAUAUUUGCACGAGCCACACGGCACCCCAUCCGCAAUGCUGUCACGCUGUGCCAAAUUAUUCACAAGUCCGAAGCAUUCAAAUCGCUAAUCAAAGAAAAGCCAGCAUAUUCUGUAAAUUCUGUAGGUUUGACAGUACUGUGCACAAGGAUCAGUUUUCAACAAUACUGUAGGAAGGAUCAAUGAGGAUAUUCAA